UAGUUGCAGUCAAACACAAGUCAACCGAUCCCACCAGAUCUUAACCAUAAAAUCACGACCAGCUUCCUCUGCGUUUUCGUUUUCUUCGGCACAGAUUCUGCAAAGGAAGGCCUCUCGAGAAAUGGAUUCUCCGGCGGUCGACCACCUCGAACCCUGGCGCGACCUCCGCAACAAGGUGGUGAUGGUCACCGGCGCCUCCUCGGGCCUCGGCCGCGAGUCCUGCCUCGACCUGGCCAGAGCCGGCUGCCGCAUCGUCGCCGCCGCGCGCCGCGUCGAUCGGCUCAAGUCCCUCUGCGACGAGAUCGACGGCCUCGGCUCGCCCCCGGGCCGGAGAGCCGUGGCCGUGGAGCUCGACAUCACGGCCGGCGGAGCCGCCGUUGAGAGUUCCGUGAGGAGGGCUUGGGAUGCGUUCGGGCAUAUCGAUGCGCUGAUCAACAACGCUGGGGUCCGAGGAUCUGUAAAAUCUCCACUAGAUUUGUCUGAGGAGGAAUGGAAUGAUAUCGUCAAGACAAACCUGACAGGAUCAUGGCUGGUGUCAAAAUAUGUUUGCAUACGCAUGCGUGAUGCUCACCAGGGAGGAUCCAUUAUCAAUAUUUCCUCUAUCGCUGGUCUUCAUCGAGGACAACUUCCCGGGGGCGUUGCAUAUGCUUCUUCAAAGGCAGGCCUAAAUACCAUGACAAAGGUCAUGGCCUUGGAACUUGGGGCGCACAAAAUCAGAGUGAACUCAAUUUCACCCGGACUUUUUAAAUCGGAGAUCACGGAAAGUCUCAUGCAGAGAGACUGGCUGAAUAAUGUGGCUGAGAGAACCGUCCCUCUGAGAACAUUUGGGACCUCCGAUCCGGCUUUGACGACGCUCAUCCGCUACUUGAUUCACGACUCCUCGGAGUACGUCACGGGCAACAUUUUCAUCGUUGACGCGGGGGCCACCUUGCCAGGCGUCCCUAUUUUCUCUUCACUAUGAAAGGUCAACCAGCUACAGGGCGAGGCAUGCCGAACAGAUCAGCAGAGUUGCUUUGCUGCGGGAUCACAGUGUUCUUAGAGAUGUACUGUGUUGCUUGGAUCUAAGUGUUGCUAAUAUGUGUUAAUAAUGAAUAAUCUAGCCUCAGCCAUUUGAAUUCCACUGUACUAAGGGACUUCUUUUGGUAAUCGAUGCGAUGAUAACUUUUU